AUGGCUGCCACUACUGAUAUCAUUUACCUUUCUGCCACGUCUAAUUUUCCCAUUACACUUACCUCCACAAAUUUCCCAGCCUGGAGGCGCCAGGUUCACUCUACACUCGUUGGCUUCAACCUCCACGGCUAUGUUGAUGGUUCUGUCCAAGAACCACCCAAGUUUGCUGGUUCGGCUCAAACAGCCACAAACCCAGAUUAUUUACUUUGGGUUCGUCAAGACCAAAUCAUCGUCAGUGCACUCUUAGGGAGUUCUUCUGACUCGAUUCAACCCCUCGUGUCUUCGGCCUCAACAGCCUAUGAUGCUUGGCAACACCUAACCACUACUUACGCUAGUGCCUCUCGAGGUCGUAUACUUUCCCUCAAAGCCAAGCUCACUCAAAAUCCGAGAGGUACUCGGUCGAUUACUGUAUUUUUGAAUGACAUGCGAUCUAUCGCUGAUGCACUCGCGUUGGCGCAGUCCCCGGUCUCUGAUGAAGAUCUUGUCGUGUACAUUCUAACGCAGCUCGGAGAUGAAUAUAAUUCAAUCAUCUCUACUAUUCGCGUUCGACAGAAGCCUAUUUGCUUAGCGGAACUAGCCGAUGUUCUUAUUGGUCAUGAAGUCGAUAACCGAGCACGCCAAACCGUGUUGGCUACUGCCAAUGUCACUCACCGGAAUACUCAACGGUCUACUUCCGGCCGAAGGUUUCAAUAUACAUUCAUUUCCUUACACAGUGAACUUUUGCAAUUUCCAAAUUCUUGUUACGUAAUGGACUCUAUUGAAUCGUCAUUGCUCGACUUGUUUAAGAGGAAGCUGAAUCGUUGCCGGAGAUUAAGGCUCCAGACCGGGAUCCAUGGAGCUCCAAGACCCGUGAGAAUCCGUUCAACACUCCUCGCCGGAGUUGAAACCCCUGUUCCGCGCUCUCCUUGA